AUGGCGCAGAGGCACUCUGACAGCUCCUUGGAAGAGAAGCUGCUGGAGCACCGCUUCCACUCGGAGCUGCGGCUCGACGCCAGCGGGAACCCGGCAUCUGCGCUCCCCAUGGUCCGGGGCUCCCUGCCGGCCAGGCCCAGCGCCGCCUUCCAGCCUGACACCCCCGCUCCCCCGGGGCACGAGGAGCCCCCACCGGUCAUCCUGAGCACGCAGAGCCCCGCCGCCCUGAAGAUGGGCACCCAGCAGCUGAUACCCCGCAGCCUGGCCGUGGCCAGCAAGGCCAAGACCCCCGCCCGGCACCAGAGCUUCGGGGCAGCCGUGCUCAGCAAGGAGGCCGCCCGGCGGGACCCCCGGGUCCUCUCGGCCCCCAGCUUCUCCCUGGACGACAUGGAUAUGGACACGGGCCCCGAGGGGGUGCUCAGGCGGAACCUGCGGAACCAGUCCUACCGGGCGGCCAUGAAGGUUCUGGCCACGCCAGGCAGCAAGGGGGACCCCACCCAGCUCAGCCCCCGGCUCCAGGCUCUGGCCGAGGAGCCCAGCCAGCCUCCUGCCCGGUGUCCAGCCAAAAACAAGAGGACUCUGGGGCGGAGGAGAGCAAACAAGGGCUCCUUCAAGGAUGACCCCCGCCUCUACCAGGAGAUCCGGGAGCGGGGGCUGAACACCGGCCAGGAGUCGGACGAGGACGUGCUGGACACGCAGCCCGGCUCCGAGGACGCGCCCAGGGCGGACCACAUCGUGGUGGAGAGCUACCGGCCGGCCCAGCUCACCUGGAGCCAGCUGCCAGAGGUGGUGGAGUCGGGCAUCCUGGACAGGCUGACCCCAGAGGAGCGCAAGAGGCAGGAGGCCAUCUUUGAGAUCCUCACGUCCGAGUACUCGUACCAGCACAGCCUGGGCAUCCUGGUGACCGAGUUCCUACAGUCCGCCGAGCUGCGGGCGACCAUGACGCAGACGGAACACCACCACCUCUUCUCCAACAUCCUGGACGUGAUGGCUGCCAGCCGCAAGUUCUUUGAGGACCUGGAGCAGCGGCACAAGGCGCAGGUGUGGGUGGAGGACAUCAGCGACAUCCUGGAGGAGCACGCGGAGCGGCACUUCCACCCCUACGUGGCCUACUGCUCCAACGAGGGCUUCCAGCAGCGCGCGCUGCAGAGGCUCACGAGCAGCAACGCCGCCUUCCGCGAGGCCCUGCGGGACAUCGAGAGGCGGCCGGCGUGCGGGGGCCUGCCCAUGAUCUCCUUCCUCAUCCUCCCCAUGCAGAGGGUCACGCGGCUGCCCCUCCUGACGGACACCCUCUGCAUGAAGACCCAGGGCCACCCCGAGAGGUACAAGGCGGCCAGCCGCGCCCUGAAGGCCCUCAGCAAGCUGGUGAAGCAGUGCAAUGAGGGGGCGCACAAGAUGGAGCGCAUGGAGCAGCUGUACACCCUGCACACGCAGCUGGACUUCAGCAAGGUCAAGUCGCUCCCGCUCAUCUCCCCCUCCCGCUGGCUGCUGAAGCGCGGGGAGCUCUUCGUGGUGGAGGAAGCCGGGCUGUUCCGGAAGAUCGCCAGCCGGCCCACGCUCUACCUGUUCGUCUUCAAUGACGUGCUGGUGGUCACCAAGAGGAAGAGUGACGAGAGCUACGUGGUCCAGGAUUACGCCCAGACAGAGCACGUCCAGGUGGCCAAGUUGGAGCCGUCGGAGGCGUGGCUGCCGGGAGGCGGCAGCCGCAGCUCCUCGGUGCCCCACCCCUUCCAGGUGACCCUGCUGCACAACAGCGAGGGCCGCCAGGAGCAGAUCCUGCUCUCCACGGACGCCGCGAGUGACCGGGCGCGGUGGAUCGUGGCGCUCACCUACAACGAGAAGCAGUGGCAAGGCCUCUCCAACAAAGGAGAGCUGCCCCAGGUGGAGGUCACCAAGGCCUACUUCGCCAAGCAGGAAGACGAGGUCACGCUGCAGCAGGCGGACGUGGUCCUGGUUCUGCAGCGGGAGGAUGGGUGGCUCUACGGCGAGAGGCUGAGGGACGGCGAGACAGGCUGGUUCCAGGACUUUGCCCACAGCAUCACCAGCCGCGUGGCCGUGGAGGGCAACAUGCGGCGGAUGGAGCGGCUGCGGGUGGAGACGGACGUGUAGCCGCCGCCGGGCCCUGGA